GUUCUGUGUGAGCUAACUGGGGGAUGGUGGAGUCACGGAGAACGGACUGCAGCGUCAGUUGGAGGGACGGGAGAGAGUGGAGGACCGGCCAGGCUGUCUCCUUCUCGUCCAGACACGGAUCAGAUAGCCUGUUCCCUGUUCGGUGCAUCUGACACAGUCUUCGCCCUCUCUUCUGGCCACGGAAAAUGUGGAGUUGCAGUAAUAAGGACCACAGGACCCCAAUCUAGAGAGGUGUUAAACCAAUACUUUUGCCAUUCGGUGAGGGUAAUGUAUGGAGACUCUCUCCUAUUACAGUGUGUGCUGAGGUUGACAGGGAGACGAGAGCUACCUCAGCCCAGGAAGGCAGUUCUGAGGAAGCUCUCUGACCCGGUGACUGGGGAUACCAUCGACCACUCACUAGUACUCUGGUUCCCAGGUAGGGAGGGAGGGAGGGAGGGACAGAAAGAGAGAAGGAGAAUGAGGAGGAAAAGAGAGAGAGAGUUUGUGUCAGCUCCCCACAGCUUUACUGGUGAAGACUGUGCAGAGUUCCACGUCCAUGGAGGACCGUCUGUGGUGCUGGCACUGCUGACAGCUCUCGGGAGACAACCAAACUGCUCUCACGCACAGGCUGGAGACUUCACCAAGAGAGCGUUCUUCAACGGGAAGCUGGAGCUGACGGAAGUGGAAGGUUUGGCUGAUUUGAUUCACGCCGAGACCGAGGCUCAGAGAAAACAGGCCGUCCGACAGAUGGAGGGAGACCUGGGGACGCUCUAUUCUAACUGGACCCAGCAGCUCAAGAAGGUGGUGGCUCACGUGGAGGCAGUGAUAGACUUUGGAGAAGAUGAGAAUAUCGAAGAUACCGUCAUGGAUGAAGUGAAGAGUGGAGCGAGGGAGAUACUGGAGGAGAUAGAGGUCCCACCUGAACGACGGGAGGAGGGGAGAGAGACUGCGUAGUGGAGUACACGUCUCCAUCCUCGGAGCACCCAAUGCAGGGAAGAGCAGUCUUCUCAACAAACUCUGUCAGAGGCCAGCUGCGAUUGUGUCUCCUCACGCCGGAACGACGCGGGACGUGGUGGAGUCAGCCCUCGACAUCGCCGGCUACCCCGUGGUCCUUAGUGACACCGCCGGCUCUGAGACAGGCCUACGACCCCGUGGAACAGGAGGGAGUCCGCAGAGCUCUCAACAGGUGUGCUGCCAGACACUCUCUGUCAUCUCUGAGUGGAGUCAGCUGACCUGUGUGUGUUGGUAGGAGACCUUUCAGUGGUGGGUGGUGAGCUGCUGGAGGAGGAUGUUUCACCUCCCUUCACUCUGCCCCAGCUGGCCAGACAUCUGCUUCACUCUUACUCUGACCAUCACCCAGGUUCUACAGAGCCCACUAGUGAAGGUGUUGGUACCAGUGAGUGGCUGGAGAGAGUUGUGGCCAGCCUUCCCUCUCUGAGUACUCUGGUGGUCUUGAAUAAGACUGACCUUCUGGGAGGAGAGCAGAGGUCUCUGCUGGAGAGAAGGCUGUCGUCUGAAACCGACAAGAGGCUGGAGUUGUGUUGGGUGUCCUGUAGGACAGGUGACGGUGUGGACCAGUUCAUGGAGAGCUUCACCAGUCACCUGGAGAGACUGUGCGGGGACCCUAUGACGGGGAAUCCCAGUAUCACUCAGGCCAGACACAGGCAACACCUCACACAGUGUGCCCUCCUACUCCACAACUUCAUUGGUUGGAUAGAGAGUGGGGGUGAAAUGAUGCUGGACAAAUCGGCGGAAGAGCUUCGUACAGCCAUCAGAGAGAUUGGCAGAAUCACUGGCAGAAUUGGGGUUGAGGAUAUUUUGGACGUUGUGUUUAGCGACUUUUGCAUCGGUAAAUGAUGAGAAAAACUGAUCAAUAUUGCUGCAGACAUAAUCAAAAUCACAGCAAAAGUUGUUUUCUUUGGGUGGGGCUGGUGUGAUUUUUCGUGAGUGUUUGAAAAUAAGUGGUGUGGAUGUUUGGAAUUGGUGAAAAACAAUGGACAUAAGGACCUGUGUAUUAUACAGCUGUUGGUGAUGAAUAAUAUGGCUUCUUGGCAUCCAUGGAAUGCUCACAAAAAUGAACCUAUUAUCCCUGCCCUCCCUCUCCAGGGCGAUCUAAAGGUUAUAUCUGUGAUCGGUCUCUUCUCCGGUCUUUGAAUCACUCAGAUACAGGCUUUCGUGAUCGCUAUAGUUGUCUGUUGCGUAGAACCCAUUGUAUAUGCCCACCAUACUUCCCGACUGCUGCACGGCAUCGCUGUGAGGGUUACAGUAGACGAGAGAGGUGGCCGGCCAGUGGCAAGAUCUCGGUCGUCGCGUCUUCUCCCUGCUUUCUUCUCUGAGUCUGACCUGAAGUGACGGGUACCUUGCUCGCAGACACACGACAGACGCCGCAGUCUCUCGCUUGAGUUCGAGUCUCAGUUUGUCAAAACGCCCGCUGAUCUGUGUGUCUCUAAUGGCUCUCUGGAGCUCCAGCGGAGCCGUCAGCUCAUCUGCUCGCAAUAGCGGCGUAGAUUCGUCGUGGGAGAGAAACUCCCGCGCAAACGUCGCCUCUCGCUGGCAGAUCUCGGCCAGUUUCAGCUGGUACUGUUGGCGGAGCUCCGCCAUCUUACGACUGUACUCCAACGCCUGCUUUCGUCGUAGAAACCCGCUGUAGGGGACUUCUCCCACGGCCAGUAUGGAGCUCCACGCGUCCAGCAGUACCGCUUCUAGCUCCGCGUCGGUCGUCUCGGGCACAGCGGACAGGCUGGAAUCGCUUUCUUCUGCUCCUUCUACUUCCUUUGCCGGGUCCAAGGCGGCCGCGUUAGGAGAGGGUGGCUCUUCUCUCUCCGGGGUCGGGGAGAGGCUGGCGCGGAGCUGUCGGCUCCCGCUAGGUCUUCUGCGGAGACUCAGUCUAGUCCGGAAUAGCGAGCUCGUCCAUCCUGGAACGGAGAGACUUCGCCUGGCUCUAGUCCUGGUUCCUCUUCCACUGAUGCUGCUGUGAGGGGCUAUGGAGACGCUGGUAUCGAGUUGUUCGUGAGGUCCCUCGUAACGGCUGACGCUGGUGCACAAUUCCGGCGAGAAAGUAUCGUCGGUCGUUGUCGGGGAGGAGGCUGGUGGUGGUGCGUAGCUGGUUCCGUUCUCGACCAGGGGGAGUGAAGACGGCGUGGUCUUUUCGUCUCGGGACCUAGUCAGGGACCCGGAGAGUGACAGGGCAGCGGCAGAAUCGAUAGUCUUGCUGCUGGAGAGCCGGACGCCGCCUAUAGUGUUCCUCCGUUUGUGCCGCGACGACUCCAGGGGCUUGUAACUGUAGCUCCUCCACUUUGGGAAUGUCAUCUCUCUCUUUAGAUAGCUAGGCCGUUGUCUCUCCCUUUCGCUCGCA